GCAAGCCAGAUUUAGUUUAGCCGGCGGGAAAGGAGCCGGAAUUGGUUGUGAAUUCAAGUGGUUCCUGCAUUUUUCAUUUCUUCAAAUGGGUUCUUAAGAAGUGAGGAGUUUGGAAUGGGCCCCCCACCCCUUUGGGGUCCUUAUUUGCUGAGGGAGAGGGUGGCCCCUUCUUUUUUUUUACAGAAGGGAUUGUCUUUCUCUGAAGCCCGUAGCAGGUUUUGCAAACAGUGUAAAGGCCACUGGAGAGAGUUCCGUUUUUUUCCCCAAACUGCUGGCCCCAAAGACAUAGCCACAGGCUUAAUUUUCCUGGGGCUAAGAUAGGAUUCAAGCCAUAAGCAACUUUUCACAAUGUUGGGUUCCUUGAUCUAUGAAGCAUCCGCACAUGGCCUGGAAACCAGGUCGGUCUCUAGAGCUCUCGUUUGCGAGGCGACUGGUGGGAAGGCCAGCUGGAUACAAAUACUCCUGCAUUCUGCAUUAGCUGCAGGUGGACUCGCGGAAGAGGUGGAUGAAAAGGUUCUUCACGCUGCUUUUAUUCCAUUUGGAGAUAUCACUGAUAUUCAGAUACCUCUGGACUAUGAAACUGAAAAGCACCGGGGAUUUGCUUUCAUUGAAUUUGAGUUGGCAGAGGAUGCUGCGGCGGCGAUUGACAAUAUGAACGAGUCGGAGCUUUUUGGCAGGACCAUCCGAGUCAACUUGGCCAAGCCCAUGCGGAUUAAGGAAGGCUCGUCCAGGCCGGUCUGGUCGGACGACGACUGGCUGAAGAAGUUUUCGGGGAAGACCCUGGAGGAGAACGCGGCGGCAGAGGGGGUGGAGCCUUCCCAGUCGGAGGCGCAGGAGGGUGAGCCUCCCGCUAAGAAAUCCAGGGCCAACCCUCAGGUGUACAUGGACAUCAAGAUAGGAAACAAGCCGGCUGGCCGACUCCAGAUUCUCCUGCGCUCGGACAUUGUGCCCAUGACGGCGGAGAAUUUCCGCUGCCUGUGCACCCAUGAGAAGGGCUUUGGCUUCAAGGGGAGCAGUUUCCACCGCGUCAUCCCCCAGUUCAUGUGUCAGGCGGGAGACUUCACCAACCACAACGGCACGGGAGGCAAAUCGAUCUACGGGAAGAAGUUUGACGACGAAAACUUCAUUCUGAAGCACACGGGGCCAGGGUUGUUAUCCAUGGCAAACUCUGGCCCCAACACCAACGGCUCGCAGUUCUUCAUCACUUGUGACAAAACGGACUGGCUGGACGGGAAGCAUGUGGUCUUUGGAGAGGUGACGGAAGGGAUAGAGGUGGUGCGGCAGAUCGAGGCUCAAGGCAGCAAGGAUGGGAAACCCAAGGAGAAAGUGAUUAUCUCAGACUGCGGGGAGUACGUGUGAGCCCCUGUCUGGCAGGAAUCCGGACGGAGUAACCAGAUGAGGCCGCGGAGGCUGGAAGUUGUUCUGAAUAGGGAAAAAACUGGAGACGACCAGGGAGAAAAGUCACCGUGGGACUCUCCAAGUCGCCGUUGCUGCAGAGUUUCUUUAGGAACGCCCACGCUGGCUUGGGUUGGUCCGCACUAGGCUCGUCAGUGGAUCCUUUUCCACCCAUGGGAUCAGAGGACGAUUCCUUUAAGAAGCUGGAGCGGAUCGCGGAUCCUUCCUCUGCGGGGCCUCACCAGUCUGCCAGUCUUCUGCAGAGACUUUGUACUUGUUUAAAAUAAACUGGAGCUUUGAUAAAA